GUGUUUCCACCCGAGCGAGAAGUUGGUGAACAUGCGUGGGUCACAUUGAUCGUGAUCAAAUCUGUCAGUGUCAAUGGAAUAAAGUAUCUAAUGUUCGGUUAAUUAAAAAGCAAUUAUGUACUCGAAGAAAAUCGGAAGUCUGGUGUACGGGUUGUGCACGGAGACCAAUGCACUGCGUUCAGCAAACAUCAAAGGAUCGAGUUCCUCCGAAACCGCAAUUCGUGUCUUAUCCUCUUGGACAGUUUGUAAACAUCAGAGAUACCACUCUCUCCAAAGCAAGCCCCAUGACAAGUGCGACAGUCAACCAAGCACACUCUGGAAUAUACGGCCUCAAGCUCCAAGCGUUCGUCAGGUUUCCCACACCACGUUGGACCCUGGAGAGGUGAAGAAGUUCCAGUCCCUAGCCGACAAGUGGUGGAAUCAGCAAGGGGAGUUUGGGGCUCUGCACUCUAUGAACGACCUGAGAGUGCCUUUUAUUAGGGACAAUCUGUUGAGCAUCCAUGGCAGUCGAAGGCUUGGCAGUCCUUUGGCCGGCCUCAGGAUCCUGGAUGUUGGCUGUGGAGGAGGCCUGCUUACUGAGCCACUGGGUAGAUUAGGCGCAGACGUUCUGGGCAUUGACCCAGUGGAGGACAGCAUCCGCACUGCCGAGCUACACGGUUCGUUCGACCCACAGCUGCGGAGGCACGUGCGGUACCGGGCCUGCACGCUGGAGGAGCUGGCCCAGGAGGAGGACCCUGAGGCGGGCAUGGGGUCAGAGGGCUUCCACGCCGUGGUGGCCUCGGAGGUGGUGGAGCACCUGGCCGACCUGGACGUCUUCGCCAGCUGCUGCCACCAGGUGCUCAAGCCAGGUGGCUCUCUCUUCAUCACCACCAUCAGUAAGACCAACCUGUCCUACGCACUUGGAAUUGUGGCAGCCGAGCAGGUGUUAGGCAUUGUGCCGAGCGGCACGCACGACUGGGAGAAGUUCAUCAGCCCCGUGGACCUGGAGCGCCUCCUGGAGGCCUCUGGCUUCCAGGUGGAGUCGAUCCGAGGUAUGCUUUUCAACCCACUGUCGGGGUCCUGGUGCUGGGCUCAGAGUACGGCCAUCAACUACGCCCUGCACGCUGUGAAACGCUCCGAGGAACCACAACCGGACCGGGCCCAUGCUGACAAUGAGGAACCGGAGCAUGAGACAUUGUCACGAGCAGCCGCCUCUGGACAGAACUGAGAGAGAGAGAGAGAGAGAGAGAGUGUGUGUGUGUGUGUGUGUGUGUGUGUGUGUGUGUGUGUGU